AUCCUUCUCAUCUUUCUGUACACCUCCUCUCAUGGGCUGAUUCUACUCUUUGAAAGGACUGCGACUAAAUGUGCAAACACAGACUGAAUUGGUCUGGCUGAUUCAUAGACUUGCAAAUGGACUUUAAGCUCUUUGAGUGGGGUGGGUUCUUUAAACUGCUCAGAUUUAACUAAAUUUUAAGGUUACCCCCAUCUAGAUUAAUCUGGGCAAUUGAAGAAAAAGUGUGGGAGGUACCUGUUAUUGAGACAUACAGAACAAAAGAAUGGAAACCGAUAAGACUGAGACCUGUGAUCAUAGAAAAGGAGGCUUGAAAUAUAGUUUUUAAAAGUUUGUCCAUAGUUGAUACUAAGAACAGCAAAUAUUGCACAAAAUCACAUGCAUGUAGACCACUGAGUACAUGUACAUGCAUUUUGUGAUUUUGGCAAAACACCAAAUGUAAAAAGGUUUUGUUAUGGUAACAGAUUUGCUUUUCUUAUGUGCUCAAGCAUCAAAAGGAUUAGUCAGGAUUUCUCUGCAACUGAAGUCAGCAUAAGCAGUAUUUUUUUGGUGGCCAAUCUGAAUAGAGACUCGCUGCCUUUUGAUAAUCUCCAAACAGAUUUACCUGUGGCUUAAGACAGUAUCAAAAGCUCUCCAAGCGCAGUGUCCAAAUCCCAACAGUGGGGGUUGGACACUGCUUGGCGAGCCUUUGAUACUGUCUUAUGGUACAUUGUAGAUCUCCUUGGAUAUUAGCUUUUUGGCAUAAAAAGCAGCUCACAGUCUCUGACGGAACAUUUGGCUAGAAGUACGUAUGAGAUAUGAAGUUGACACUGGCUAAAAUCCUAUAUCUGCUUUUAACCACUUGUGUGCUCCAAGACAUUCCAUACAAGACACUAGCUGCAAUGGACAAUGUUGUGUGAGUACCUUGAUGUUGGUUUUACUAGCUAUAUGUCUCUAUCGUUAUAGCAAAUCCAAUGAAAACAUGUUAUGAAAAAAAAGUUUGUCAGGGUAGUAUUCUAAAAAUUGUCUCAAGAAAGUUAAAAAACCAUGGACUACAUAAAUGACUGCACCAAUAGCCUUCUGCCACCCUUUUGGAUCCAGAGAUAAUGUCUAACAUUAGUAACUUAGAAUUUUGAAAUUAUAGUAAAAGCAUUUGAAUAUGGCAUGUCUACCAAAUCUUAAUAUUUUCACAUUAAUAGCUGUAUACGUUAUGACAAAGGAAGAGAUAACUUUGAUGGGAACAUACCCUGAAUAACAAUUUCCUGAAUAAAAAUUUAACCAUUUCAAUGGCCCUCUUUCAGUAAACAUUGUGUGAUGUUAUGCUUCAUUUAUUGUACUUCAUUAUAGCUUAACUGCUGCAAGCCAGUGCACCAACAAGCACCAAGGAGUUUUUUCAUCAUGGCAUUUUAGUGUGGGUGAAAUGGGGAACAUAAACUACAUUAUCAGCAAUCGUUCUAUUGUAAGUAAGUUUUGCCAUAACUCUAAACUUGGAUGAUAUUCCUUUAUUAGUAUCUGUAUGGUAAAGAUAUCUAAAUAUGGAGAUACUACUAGUACAGUAUAAUGAAAGAUGUGUAAAUUGCAGUGGAUGAAAAGAAGAGUAAAAGGUUACAAUAUGUAGAGAGAUUGACAUUUACCCAUUUGUAUUUGAGAUGCAAUCUGGACGCAGGGUCAUCAGUGGUGGCUCUCCUACAGUCAACACAAGAGGUGAAACAACAACAGAACAAAGCGUACGUCUGACCCUGCAGCCUUUUCUGAAACCCUGCCCUGUGGUGGAGAUCUGUUCCAACACUAACCCCUCCAGAGUAGAAAAUCCAGUCUACAUCAUACAAACAUGUGGCUAUGGACGACACACUUUCCCACCGAAAACAGGAUGUAAUCUUAGUCUUUCAGCAGGAAAGUAUGAUCCCCUGUUCAUCAAGUUCCUCAACCUGAAUAUUUCUGAAGGUGACACCUUGAAAAUCUACAGCCAAGUGCAGCAUUCCCUCAACGCAUCUACCAUACCAGGACCCAUCAGGGUGCAGAAUUACUACAGUGUCUAUUACAAGUCAGCAAAGGCCAUGGAUCGUCCCACUUGGGGCUGGCGAGCCCUGGUGUAUGCAGAGGUGGCCACAGAGGCUGAAAUGAAACGAUGCAUGAACAGCACACCAACAGUACCCUGUGUUCCCCAGCGUCCCUCUUCAUGGGCAUGAAGCAUAGUGUCAGAGAAUCAAUUUUUCCCUUAGUGAGUGUAGCACUCCAGCUGACAUGAUGGGAUAUUAAGCCGUGGUCCACUGUUCAUUGUUCAAGAAGUGCUACUGGGAAUUUCCCCUGUAACAAUGAACUUGUAAAUACUGUACAUAGCCUCUAUAUUUUCUGUCAUACCCAGUGGAAGAUUAGCUCUUCAGUCAGCCACACUGGUUGCAGAUCACUUUGUUCCCUCAACAAAAUUUUGUAAUGUUGGUAAAUGACUGAGUAUAUUGAGACAAUGCUUUGUAAAUAUGACAGUACGUUUAGGACCCCAUUUGUAACACUGCAACAGCAACACCUAGCUGCAACAUUAAGUAGAACCCGUCCUAAAGCCCUGAGGAAGGUGACAGUCACAGACAGUCUGCACUCAGCAGCGUGGAUACCACCUUGGUUGUGAAUAUUAAAUAUCUUGAUACUCUGUGCCUCAAAAAUGCUGACAUACCUAGUUGGCCAGUAUCCAAGAUCAAAAGGCUUGAUCACAUCAAUCACAAGGUGACUGUAGAGUCUGUAGAGUCAGAGUAUAGACAGCAUAGUCAUAGCCUGCAAGCAACAUUUCUGUAAUCAAGGUUAUCACGGAGGUU